AUGGCAACACCUCGACAUAUUUAUGUUAUUCGACAUUGUGAAAGAGAAGAUGAUGUUAAUCGAGUUUGGUAUUUCAACAGUCAUUUUACGAGAGACAAUCCUCCACUUUCUGAAAGAGGUUUGGUACAAGCAAAUGAUUUGAAUCGAGAAUUUAAGAACAUACACAUCGAUUAUUGCUUUUCUUCUCCAUACGAGCGAUGUAUACAAACCUCAGCUAAAAUAUUAGAAGGCCGCUCAAAUUGCUUAAUAAAUGUUGAACCUGGUUUUUUGGAGGCCGGUUUUUUAGUUAGGGAGUCUGGAGAGAAGCGGCCGACGUAUGAAAAAGAUAAAGAAUUGGCUGCAAGAUAUCCGAAUAUCAAUUUACGCUAUAAGCCGUUAUAUCUUUCACCAGCAGAGGAAGAGUUUGAUUCAAGCGCAACAGUACGUGCAUGUUUUAAUCGAGUCAAGCAUACUUUAAAACAAUUGUUGAAAAUAUGUGAAGGUGAUAUUCUAAUUGUAACACAUCAAGGACCGUGUGCUGCUAUCCAAGAAUAUUUUAUGGAUUUGUUGAGGAGAUCAGAUGAAUUGCUUUAUCCUGCACAGGCAACUGUUAGCAAAUACGUCGAAGUGCCGGGUGUUUAUUCUUCCAAUGAACCUCCACGAUUUUCUGAUGAAUAUUUGUGUGAUUGCAGUCAUUUAACAGAUAGAAGUGGGCUGAAAGGAAAAUAUUUUUUUAAAAAACGAUAAAAAAUAUUAUUGACUCUUUUUUGUUUAAAUUUUUUUGUAAAAAAAUUUUCUUAUCGCGCACAGCUAUGGGUUUUUUGGUUUAUUUUUAAUGGGGAAAUUUUUAAAAAUUUAUAUUUGUAAUUAUUAUAUUUUUUCUGUCUCGUGCAUCAUUUUUCUAUUUUUUUCAAAUUUUCUUUUUUGGCAAUAUUUAAUUUUUCAAAAUUUCUUUAUUCUUUAUUUAAUUUAUUUUUUUUGAUUUUGUAAAUUUUUUUCUGCUUAAGGGGGGACUGUUAUAACUGGGAAAGGGUCGGUUGGGAUUUAUGUUAAUUUAGAAGAGGUGAGUCUGUUAAGAAAUUUAUUUAAUUGUUACCUUGCUGACAAUUUCGUGCUUGUUUUUAGGAUUUACAAGAUUAGGAUUUCUGUAAUUUUUUUCUUUAAUAUUUUGUAAUUUUUUUGUUUAAAUUUUUUUGGAAUAAUCUCUCAAAAUAUCUUCUUAAAAUCCAUUCAUUUCUCUUCUUUUUUUUUCUAACAAAUUUUUCUUUUUUUUUUAUUUUGUUACCUUUUUUCUUACAAAUUCUCUCUUUACUUUUUUCUUCCUCCUUUUUCACAAAAUAUAUUAGUAGCAGCAGCUAAAAAGUCCAUUAAAUAUAAUUCGUCGUAUCUCUUGGGUGGUCGUUUUUGUGUACUAGCAGCAGCUCUUCUCAAAUUUUCUUGCGAAAAAAAAUUAUAUUUGUUAUACCCACCUUUCUUUUUUUUGUUGCUUUUGAAGAGAGGAUUUGUAUAAAAAAGAAAAGAGAGAAGAAGCAAAAUUGGGGACAAAAGAGAGGGGAUGGAUAUCCUCGUCUUGUCCACACACUUACACAUACAUUUUGGGGGGGGAAGUAUUUUUAAGUAUAUCCUGUGUGUC